CUAGGAAAAAAAAAUCAAACCGGGAUUUCGGGAAUGGCUUUCGCUUUUUCCCCCAUCGCGGAGGUUCCGACGUCAGCGGCCGGCCGUCGCCAUGACUCACACGGUGAUGGUAACCAAUGGUGAUGCGGGCCCGCGGUCACGUGGACGGCCGCAGCCAAUGGGGACGGGCGGUUUUCCGUCACGUGGGGCGCGCUGGCCAAUCGGCGCGUCCAAGAUGGCGGGGGGUAUAUAAGGUGUCGUCGGGGUGCCAUUUGCGGAGCGGAGGCUCGGCUUUAGGGAGUCGCUUCUCGUCGGAUUUACGUAGAAAUCCCCAAACGAAACGGGUAAAAUAUAGGUUUAAAAACUCUCCCGAAGGCGCCGGCACUCGGUUGCCGUUUUCGACAGCUGGAUUUUAAGCGGCAGCAUGGAAAGUGAGGGCGGUUCUGCGGCCCCGGCAGGCCCAACGACUCGGCUACCAGGUGAGGUCUACAAUGGGAUCAAUGGUAUGUCGAGUGAGAGUGGCCCAGGGAAGAGACUAAGAAAACUACCAGCGAUGGGGGAUGGCCUAGAAAGCACACAGAUGUCUUCAACACAGUCACAAGCUCAACCCCAACAAAGCAUUGCUGGUAAUCCUUUCCAUCCUGAAACAUCCAAUCCCAACCGAUCCAAACGGCUGACAAACCAGCUCCAGUUUUUGUCAAAAGCGCUCCUGAAGACAAUAUGGAAACACCAGUUUGCUUGGCCUUUCCAACAGCCUGUGGAUGCUGCGAAAUUAAACCUACCUGAUUACUAUAAAAUCAUCAAACAUCCUAUGGAUAUGGGAACAAUUAAAAAACGCUUAGAAAACAAUUACUACUUGAACGCCCAAGAAUGUAUUCAAGACUUCAAUACCAUGUUUACCAACUGUUACAUUUACAAUAAGCAAGGGGACGAUAUAGUCUUAAUGGCAGAAGCUUUGGAAAAGAUAUUUCUUCAGAAAAUUUCAGAGAUGCCACAAGAAGAGAUUGAAGUACCCAUCCAGCCUACCAAAGGAUCACGGGGACGAAGCAGAAAAGAAGCAGUUCAUUCUAAAACCAACGUGUCAACUGUACAGACUGUCACACAGACGAUAAUGCCAGUAUCCGCACCAGCACAACCACAGCAGCCACCACCUCAGCGGGCACCUCAGGCAUCUCAGCCUGCACCACCACAGCCGCAGCUUCCAUUGGUAUCUGUGCCGGCACCCACGCCACAGUCAUUUCCUCCUGCAACUCCUGACUUGAUAGUCCAGCCUCCAACUACAACAGUGUCUCCGCAUACUUCAGCACCCCCAAUGCCGACACUCACGCCAACAACUGUGAUGACAACAGCACCACAGCCUUUAAAGCAUAAAAAGGGUGUGAAAAGGAAAGCUGAUACAACAACUCCAACAACCAACGUUGCAGUGAAGAGUCGAGAGUCUUCUCCGUUAAUGACCGAACCCAAACCUGCAAAGAUCCCUUCCAGAAGUGGCAGACCUCCCAAACCUGCAAAGAAAGAGAUUCCAGACUCACAACAGCAAAUUCAUCUUGAGAAGAGUGCGGGUGGAGGUGUUGGGAUUGUCGGAAGUGGUGGUGAUGGCAGUGGCAGUGGCAGUGAGCUUGUUGUCGGCAGUGGAAACGUUUCAGAACAGUUGAAGUACUGCACUGGGAUUCUAAAGGAAAUGUUCGCCAAGAAGCACGCAGCCUAUGCCUGGCCCUUCUACAAACCUGUGGAUGUAGACGCCUUGGGACUGCAUGAUUAUCAUGACAUUAUAAAACACCCAAUGGAUCUCUGUACUAUUAAAGCAAAAAUGGACAACCGACAAUAUGGGGAUGCUCAAGACUUUGCAGCAGAUGUUCGGUUGAUGUUCUCCAAUUGUUACAAAUAUAAUCCUCCUGAUCAUGAAGUGGUUGCGAUGGCAAGAAAACUGCAGGAUGUGUUUGAGAUGCGUUUUGCAAAAAAGCCAGACGAGCCCGUUGAACCAGUUGUUCCAUCUCCUCCUCCUGUACCACCUCCAACCAACCAGGUGUCAUCCUCAUCUUCGAGCGACAGUAGCAGUGAUAGCUCCUCUGACAGCGACAGCAGCACAGACGAUUCCGAGGAGGAGCGGGCACAGCGGCUGGCUGAACUUCAAGAACAGUUGAAAGCGGUACAUGAGCAGCUGGCUGCCCUUUCCCAACCCCAACUGUCAAAACCAAAGAAGAAAGAGAAAGAUAAGAAAGAGGAGAAAAAGAAAGAGAAGGAAAAGGACAAAGAAAAAGAGAGGCAUAAAAAGAAAGAUGAUGUGGAAGAAAAGAGAAAGAACAAAGCUAAGGAGCAACAGCCAAAAAAAUCAAAGAAGAGCAAUGCAAAUUCCAGGAACAUGAAGAACAACAAACCUGGACCCACGUACGACUCUGAAGAAGAAGAUAAAUGCAAGCCGAUGACCUAUGAGGAGAAAAGACAGCUGAGUCUGGAUAUAAACAAACUUCCUGGAGAUAAAUUGGGGAGAGUAGUUCACAUCAUUCAGUCCCGUGAGCCCUCACUGAGAAACUCAAACCCUGACGAAAUUGAAAUAGACUUUGAAACUUUAAAACCCUCCACAUUGCGAGAGCUAGAACGAUACGUUACGUCGUGUUUACGAAAGAAAGCGAGGAAACCUCAAGCUGAGAAGCAUGACGUAAGCAUGGAUGUGGGAGGCCCUUCAAGGAUGAGAAGCAGCAGCAGUUCUUCUGAGUCAGACAGUAGCAGUGACUCCAGCUCCUCUGAGAGCAACGACUCUGAAACAGAGGUGCCACCUAAAACCAAACAUGGCAGCCACAAGAGUCGCUCUGGACGGGAGCAAAAGAAGCAACAUCACCACCACCAUCAGCUUCCACAGCCGAUGAAGCAAUCACCUCCACAGUUUAUACCUACUCCCCUUCCAAUCAUGGAGCCACAGAUAUUGACCAAUGCCUAUGAUGCCAUGCCGCACUUUGGACAGCCCAUAAUGCACCUUCCUCACCAAAGCGAGCUGCAGACGCAUUUGCCGCCACCACCCGAACAGCAUUCGCCCCCUCACCUCACCCAGCAUUCAGUGGUGUCUCCACCAGCCUUGCACAGUAGUUUGCCUCAACAGCCAUCCAGACCCAGUGGUAAAGCGGCACCAUUACCUCCCAAACAGCCUCGUCCUCUUGCACAGUCCCCGCCCAUGGCCCCACAGCCUAUAUUACAGCCCCCACAGAUGACUCAGCCGCCAGCUAUUCUAGAAGAGGAAGAACUACCAUCUCAUCUCUCGAUCCCCCUACAUGCUUCUCAGAUGCACCUGUAUCUGCAACAGCUGCAAAAGGCCCAGAGUCACACCCCGCUUCUCUCAACGGUCCAGACUGCGUCCCUGCCCCAGCCACUGCCCCAGACCAUCCUCAGCCAACCCCAGGUAUCUCACGCGCAGCCCCAGCCUCCACCCCACACUCAGGCUGUGACACAUCCCCAGCCUCAGCCUCUCUCCCAACAGCAGGUACAACAGCAACAGCAGCAGCAGCAGCCAAGGCCACUUCACAUGCAGCCCAUGCAGUUUCCACCACACAUCCAGCACCCGCAGCCUCCCCACCAACCUCCCCCGCAGGCGAAACCCCAGCAAGUCAUUCAGCAUCACCACUCCCCACGGCAGCCAAAACCUGAUCCCUACUCCACAGCUCAUAUGGCAGAUGUGUCUUCUCCGCUCCUGAUGCAUUCCCCACCACUGCCACAAUUUCCAUCCCUUGUUCAGUCACCACCAAGAAAUGUACAGACUAAAAAACAGGAACCCCGAACACCGUCAAUAGUACAGUCGCAACCGAUGGUGCACGUGAAAGAAGAGAAGAGUCACUCUUCACCCGUAAUCAGAAAUGAGCCAUUUAGUCCUUCAAUGCGGCAGGAGCCAUCAAAGCCGAGGGAAGGAAACAAACCACCUCCACAUCUUGGUCACAGGGCGGAGAUGAAGCAGAUGGAAGUUGCUGGGCCAGUGAUUCGGCCUCCGGAACACAGCUCGCAGCCUUCUCCUCAGGACAAAGACAAACACAAACAACAGACGCCCAAAACUCCUGUGGCUCCCAAAAAGGAUCUCAAGAUCAAGAACAUGGGAUCAUGGGCAAGUCUUGUUAAGAAGACUCCUUCCACUCCCUCAUCUACGGCAAAAUCAUCAAGCGAUAGCUUUGAGCAGUUUAGGCGAGCAGCGCGAGAGAAAGAGGAGCGAGAAAAGGCGCUUAAAGCACAGGAAGAGUAUCGUAAGAUGCAACACGAGGCAGCGGAGAAGGAGCGUCUCCGCAUGGAGCAGGAGAGACAGCGAAGUCGAGAUGAGGAGGAUGCUUUGGAGUGCGCCCGGAGAGCUCACGAGGAGGUGAGAAGACAGCAGCAGCAUCUUCAACAGCAACAGCAACAACAGCAGCAGCAGCAGCAGCAGCAGCAGCAAACAGCAGCAACAGCAGCAACAGCAACACAGCAGCAACAGAGCUCUCAACCCACCUCACAGUCUAUGCUGGAUCAGCAGCGAGAGCUAGCAAGGAAGCGGGAGCAAGAACGAAGGCGGAAGGAAGCAAUGGCGGCUACGAUUGACAUGAAUUUUCAGAGCGACUUAAUGGCAAUAUUUGAAGAGAAUCUCUUCUGAGGACCCCUUUUCCUGGAUAUCCUGACUUUUGAAAGUACUACGAAACUGUUUUCCAUGAGUUGCGUGGCACCGUAGUGUUUGGGCCAGGUUCUUGGUGCACGGUCUUUCUGCAUGUGUGACCCAGUGAGUGAGCGAAUCGUUCAGUCGAUGCCUUGGAUGGAUGGAUGGACAUGGAUGGACAGAAGUCUGCCUUACAUUUAACCCACAAUAUAGGAAUGAACAAAUAGACAAAAAAAACUUAUUGUUGUUUAGAAAACACGUGCACAAAUGUGCGUCCAGCUUUCCGAAUGAUACUACUGUAAAGAGGGUAGGGAGGGGUUACCCAUUAGCUGCAAGGCUGUCCUCGCCAAACUCCUUCACUAUGUACGAAAAGACACAAUAACAUUCUGAUGUACUCAAUCAAACAGGGUUUCACUGUUACAGUGUCAGGGCCCUGUUUCCUGAACGGUUUUGCUGCAUUGGCUCUAUAAAUCUAGUUCGUCUCCUUCACUGCUCAUGAGAGAACGGGGCAAUACUAUGAUAUAUAUGGGUGGAUUCCCCUGUAAUUGGGAAAACUGGCCCCUUCACUAAGUUACAACAGUAUAAUCUGGAUGGACUAUUUAAGCAGUGCAACUAUGUGUUCAUUUUUUUUUUACAGUGCAUAGUGCUGUCUGCGGGUUUUGUUUAUCUACAGAGUUUUCACAUACUAGGCUGGGUAUGUUCUGACAAGCCAUGUGAUGGUUAUGGCAAUACAAAAAAGGGAAAAAAAUCGUAUGUCGGAGGUUAUGAGUUUAAACAGCUGUCCCAUCUAAAGCAUUUUUUUUUGUUUUUCCCUGUUUUAAUUUCUUUUCUGCAGUGUUUGGGAUCAAAGCUGGACUACCAACCAAAGUAGGUAAAAUUGUUUUGUCUCAUUACCUCAGGAGAUACGAAUGUUGAAUGGCACUGCUGAAACUGUUUUGUACUGUUGUCCCUCUGAAUAGUAAAGAUACAAGAGCUGACUUUCUUUUCUGCAAAUAACCAGAGGUUUCAGCUGCCCUUGAGUAGUUCAACCGAUGCUGUAUAGUGGGUAUGGUUGGUGUGCAAUGCUUAACUUGUAUGUUUUCUGUAAUUAAAAAAAACUUACUUUAUUAAUGUAGCAGACUUCCAUACGAUUUGGAGGCCCAGGUGUGAGUUUUAUCUUUAUAUGGUCGAUUCUGGGCGUUCCUUUUUUUUCUUCAGAGGGUUGUACAAAAUAUACGAGCUGUUUCUGUGCAAGUGUCUCUUUAGUAUUCGCUAAAAGCAUCAAGUGAAGUGCUGGUUCUCCUAGUUAAACUCUGCAGCAAGAAUUAGACGAGUGAUUGUUUUAUGGCAAAUAUGGCAAAAUUUAAAUUAAUGUACCAUUCCUCGUCUUUGCCUUUAAAUAUAAUUUUAUUUUUUCAGCUGUUUUUAACCUUUUUCUUUUUUUUUUAAAUGAACAUAUUUUAAUGUGCCAAAAUACCCACUAUACAGUACCAGCUCCAGUGUUGGUAACCUCAGUUUAAAGUCGGUUUUACUGAGAGGCAGAAAAAUUGCAUUUGGUCUGUAUCGAUUAUUGAAUAAACACACCUUUUAUACAAUACACUGGUGUCUUUUUUCUUUAGCCUAGAAUCUGUUCCAUUGGAGUGAUCACCUAUACCUAAUGAUCAUGCUUUCAGAAUGCACUGAUAACGUAGCUUGCUUAUGAUACAUCUUGAUUAAAAUUACUCCAUUAUUAAAAGUUAAAUGACACAUUUACCACAGUAAGAAAAAGUGAUUUUUUU